AAGCCACGUUCCAGUCUGAAUCAAUCAGCAGCAGGACAACACCAGACCCAUCUCUUUGGUGUGCCCGUUGGCAUUGAGUGUUGUGUGACCUUCACCAUGUCAGCUUGCUUUUUGACAUGACCAUCUCAGAGAAUCGUCUUUUGUACAGCAAACUGUAAUGACGGUCGAGAGAAUUUUGAAAGAUGUCUAAAGUUUAUCGGCCACGUCUGUCUUUUGUCUUCUCACGCUUAAAAAUAAGAAUAGAUGGGAUGUGUCAGAAGAGAGCUAUAUAAAAAGAAGAGUGUUGCAAAUGGCUUCAGAACCCACCAAUGGGAAGCAAGCCAGGAGUCACGUGACCAAGGGGAGGCGGCUGCAGCAGCAGCAGGUGAGGAGCAGGUCAUCUGUCAGCGAGGGCGACGGGGACGGGGACUCCUUCACCUUCGAAGCCAACGAAGCCUGGAAAGACUUUCACGGCUCCCUCCUCCGGUUCUAUGAGAACGGGGAGCUCUGCGACGUCACGCUCAAGGUUGGCUCGAAGCUGAUCUCCUGUCACAAGCUGGUGCUGGCCUGUGUGAUCCCCUACUUCAGAGCCAUGUUUCUCUCUGAAAUGGCUGAAGCCAAGCAGGCGCUGAUUGAGAUUCGGGACUUUGACGGUGACGCCAUGGAAGACUUGGUGAAGUUCGUCUACUCUUCGAGGCUCACGUUGACGGUGGACAACGUGCAGCCCCUGCUGUACGCAGCGUGCAUUCUGCAGGUGGAACUGGUGGCCAGAGCCUGCUGCGAAUACAUGAAGUUACAUUUUCACCCCUCCAACUGCCUGGCAGUACGAGCCUUUGCCGAGAGUCACAACCGAAUAGACCUGAUGGACAUGGCGGACCAGUACGCCUGCGAGCACUUCACCGAGGUGGUGGAAUGCGAAGACUUCGUGAGCGUGUCGCCUCAGCACCUGCACAAGCUGCUGUCCUCCAGCGACCUCAACAUCGACAGCGAGAAGCAGGUCUACAGCGCUGCCAUCAAGUGGCUGCUCGCCAAUCCCCAGCACCACCCGAAGUGGCUGGAUGAGACACUUGCACAGGUUCGUCUGCCAUUGUUGCCGAUUGAUUUUCUUAUGGGUGUUGUGGCAAAAGAACAGAUUGUCAAGCAAAAUCUCAAAUGUAGAGAUCUAUUGGAUGAAGCAAGAAAUUAUCACCUUCAUUUGAGCAGCAAGCCGGUUCCUGACUUUGAGUACACAGUCCGGACUACCCCAAGGAAGCACACUGCUGGUGUGCUGUUCUGUGUGGGUGGCCGAGGUGGAUCUGGUGACCCUUUCCGUAGUAUUGAAUGCUAUUCCAUCAACAAAAACAGUUGGUUCUUUGGACCGGAAAUGAACAGCCGAAGGCGACAUGUAGGCGUGAUCUCUGUGGAAGGUAAAGUGUAUGCAGUGGGCGGACAUGAUGGAAAUGAGCAUUUAGGCAGCAUGGAGAUGUUUGAUCCUCUCACUAACAAAUGGAUGAUGAAGGCGUCAAUGAACACCAAGAGGCGAGGGAUCGCCUUGGCCGCCUUAGGGGGCCCGAUCUAUGCAAUCGGGGGGCUGGAUGACAACACCUGCUUCAGUGAUGUGGAGAGGUACGACAUCGAGUCUGAUCAGUGGAGCACAGUGGCCCCGAUGAACACUCCCCGUGGCGGCGUUGGCUCCGUGGCUUUAAUAAACCAUGUGUAUGCUGUGGGCGGCAACGAUGGAGUAGCUUCCUUAUCCAGUGUGGAAAGGUAUCAUCCACACCUGGAUAAGUGGAUAGAAGUCAAGGAAAUGGGUCAGCGAAGAGCAGGCAACGGGGUUAGCGAGCUUCACGGCUGCUUGUAUGUUGUUGGUGGCUUUGACGAUAACUCCCCUUUGCGCUCAGUUGAGCGGUAUGACCCUCGGAGCGACAAGUGGGACCACGUGGCAGCACUCACCACUCCCCGGGGCGGGGUGGGGAUCGCCACACUGAUGGGCAGGAUCUUUGCGGUUGGCGGCCACAAUGGCAACGCGUAUCUGAACACCGUGGAGGCCUUUGACCCGGUGCUGAAUAAGUGGGAGCUGGUUGGACCCGUGUCUCACUGCAGAGCUGGUGCUGGUGUGGCCGUGUGUGACUGCCUGACUAGCCAGAUCCGAGACGUUGGCCAUGGCUCCUCUAACGUGGUCGAUUGUAUGUGACUGAGGUCCCGGCAGCCGCAGUGCUCUCACGUGUCACAGACGGGAAGGCAGGGAGCAUCUCCGUGUGGCCCGUUUGACCGUGACCGCAGCUCCCAUCGCUUUAAAUGUCGGCUGCUGUAAGUACAGCUUGUGGCGCCAGAGCUGAAGAGGUGUUAGUCGUGAAGAUAAGUGUGGUAGUUCCUGCUUCAGCAAGACCGGAGUAGGCAGGAAGCGCCUAUCUUUGAACCCCUUCUUCUCCUGAAAAACGUUCCGUGUAGUGCCAGACCCUCAGAUAGCUGUUUAUUUUGAUAAAGUAAAUUAUUGAGUUCUGUUUAUUCUUUUUCCUGAAGCAUCUAACUUCAGGCAGUAGAUUUUUCGCAGAGGAGAGUUAAGUCUACAGCGACACGAGGACUCUGAGGCCUGCUCCCCUGCGGAUCAUUCUACCCGGUGCUGAUGAAUUGUGUUCCCUUUUGUCUGUAGAUGGUGACUUGCAGUUCCUGGGCAUUUACAAAGUAGGGAAAACGUUUGUGUGUUGCCGAGGCAUUCUUAAAACCAUAUCAGUGUCUGUAAGAAGCCCCUGGCUUCCGUUGGGAGGUCUAGAACUACAUGCAGGACACAGCUGUGCUGGCUCCCCUCACCAAGUAGACUGUUGGGGCUGUUUUUCUUUUUAUCCAUCUCAUGCAAAACCACGAGCCUGAGAAUUAGUGACUGCUGUAGACUAGCAGUAAUCUAACGCCCAGUGAAAAGACUGUGAGAAGGAGGUAUGGGAAGUACAUGGCCACCUAGGGAGGCAAAUCUGAAGGUUCCUUUUAACUGUGUUUGUUGGGUUAGUGAUUGGGUUUGGAGCCAGGAUGCAUUUUCCUCUUAUUUUGUUGUUUGUCACUGUCCUGGUUUUUUUCGAAUUGUACAAAGAUGGAUUUAUUUAUUAUCAGGAGAUGAAUGCAUUUUUACAUAUUCCCUUUAUGCAGUAUAGUUUGAUUAGCUCAAAAUUUGUCAUUAAUCAAUAAAAUAUGUUGUUGGUAAAAACAGAAAAAAA